GUAACAAUGGUGCUCGGCGGGGAGCAGCGGGGCCCUGAUUGACAGCCGGGGCGUCCCCAAAAGGACGCGCAGAGAUGCUUAUCGCCGGGUUUAUAUAGCGGGGAGCCGGCGCCGCCGCCAGCGCGGCGGGAGCGCAGCGCCAGCGCAGCACCAGCGCAGCACCAGCGCAGCACCAGCGCAGCACCAGCGCAGCGCAGCGGCCAGCGGGGCGGCCGCGGGCAGGCUCGGAGGCGCCGGCCGCCCAUGCGCAACCGUCCGCGGGCGGCGCAGCCCCGCGCAGCCCCGCGCAGCCCCGGGGCCGGCGGGCGGCCCCGCCAUGCACUGCCAACCGCAGCCGCGGCUCGCCGCGCCCGGCCGGGCCAAGGCAGGCAGGCGGCGCUACAAGACCUUCAUGAUCGACGAGAUCCUCUCCAAGGAGACCUGCGAUUACUUCGAGAAACUUUCCCUCUACUCCGCCUGCCCGGCCCUUCUGGUCCGGCCCAAGCCGCUGCACUCCUGCGCCGGGUCCCCUUCUCUGAGGGCAUAUCCUCUCAUCUCCGUCAUCACCAGGCAGCCCUCCGUGGUCCCUCACCUCAUCCCAGCUGCCACCAGCUCCCGUGUGCUGCCAGCCCAGACUUCCUCGGGGACUGCGAGCGCAGAGACGCCUGCCAGCGAGACCCAUGCCAGCAGCGAGUCAGAGGCAGAGCAGCCCGCACCUCGGUUAAAAAAGCCCCGACGGAGUAGGACCAUCUUCACUGAGCUGCAGCUGAUGGGCUUGGAGAAGAAAUUCCAGAAGCAGAAGUAUCUCUCUACCCCUGACAGGCUUGACUUAGCCCAGUCGCUGGGGCUGACUCAGCUCCAGGUGAAGACAUGGUACCAGAACCGUAGGAUGAAGUGGAAGAAAAUGGUGCUCAAGGGUGGACAGGAAGCUCCAACAAAGCCCAAAGGCCGUCCAAAGAAAAACUCCAUUCCCACCUCGGAGGAGAUUGAAGCGGAAGAGAAAAUGAACAGCCAGGCUCAGAGUCAGGAGCUGGAGGGAUCUCAAGCCCCGGAGGAGCCUAAACUGGCAGAGGAGAAGCCAGAAGUCACUUUGGAGACAGAGAAGUCUCCAGAACAUAUACCAGAGCCCUCCUCAGAGGAGACUACACCAUUAAGUUAAAAGGGAAAGAAAGGAGGGAAA